CCCUUUCGUUCGCCUUCACAUUCAUUUCGCACCGCGACGCGCCCUCCUGACCGGAAAUGAACCGCGUGUUGCUCGUAUUUCUGACCCUCGCAGUGGUUCUCGCACUAGUCCCUGAAGGACUCGCCGGACUCACCUAUGGGCAUCGCUACCACAAGAGGUCGUUUUCGAAGAAGCGUGAGGAUGGAUAUGAUUUGACGCCCAGAUAUGUGGGGAACGUAAAGCGGCAGUCGUGUCGAGUGAGGCCUACAUCGUAUGUCCGGACAACUUAAUACUCGCUCACAUAGACUGAUUUACUAUGUCCGUACUCCGCGCCUUUCUCUCGAAUGCUGUAGCUCGGGGAACUCGACUAUCGUAAGUAUAACGCAGCCUGUUCCAAGUAGCAGCACCCAGGACUCCGCCUCUUCUACACCUUCCGCCUUUGUUCAGCCUUUCGUUGAGUUCUCCCCAGCGCCUUUCCCAGCGCCGUCUCCUGCCGUCACGCCUGAGGCACAGCAAGAUCCUAGCCCCGCCCCGGCUACCACUUCCGAAGAACCUGCACCGACUACGAGCGAGGCUCCGCCUCCACCUUCCACCACCACUUCCGAGUCAUCGACUACUGAGGCGGCCCCUACUGCUUCCGCAUCGUCCUCGUCUGAAGCGGCUCCUACUGCUUCCACAUCGCCCUCGUCGGGAUCAUCCAGUGGCACGUCCCAGAGCGACAUCGACAAGUACUUGGACGAUCACAACACUGCCCGCUCUCAGCAUGGUGCCGCGGCCUUGACAUGGAACGAUACCCUUGCAGUGGCUGCUCAGCAAUGGGCCAACGGCUGCGUCUUCCAGCAUUCGGGUGGUACGCUGGGCCCUUAUGGAGAAAAUUUGGCUGCCGGGACAGGCGACAGCUAUGGUAUUGAUCAAGCAAUCAAGUCCUGGACCGACGAAGCCUCUCAAUUUAGCGCGAUCAGUCCCGAGGCCUCGCACUUCACCCAAGUGGUCUGGAAGGCUUCAACGCAAGUAGGCUGCGCGCUGCAAGACUGCGAUGGCAUCUUCGCAGCGAGCUUCGGAAAGGCUCACUACUACGUGUGCGAAUACUUCCCGCAAGGCAACGUGAUAGGCAAUUUUGCGUCAGUGCUCUGUCCUCUGUUGACCAUACGCAUGUCGUCUGACCUUCGCAUCAAUUAGUCAAAACGUGCAAGUGUAGCCUCCACAUAUGAGCGUGUCGCGCUUGGAGGUGC